CAAUCCUAUUCAAAAGCUUCCAAAGCACACCUAUUCAACGGCCACCAAAAAGAAGGAAAACCCCCCAAGAAAGCCUCUCAACUUUGUAGCAAAGCAAUUGGAUUGUUAAUUUGCGUAAAAAGGCUCGUAUCUCUGCCGAAAAAAGAAAAUUUACUUGAAAUCAUGUCUUUGCAAGCAAUUAUUUACAAGGAGGAUAGGUUAUUUGUCCUGGAUCAACUUUUACUUCCUCAUCAGCACAAAUAUGUUCCAGUAGAGACAAUUGAGGAUUCCUUCUCUGUAAUCAAAAAGAUGCAAGUUCGUGGUGCACCUGCAAUCGCCAUUGUAGCAGCACUAAGCGUUGCUGUUGGUUUGAAGAAUUUGGAAGAAGGAAAAGACGCUAAAGCUUUUGUUAUCGACAGCUUAGAAUAUUUAAAGCAAUCUAGGCCCACUGCUGUCAAUUUAUUCGAGGCUGCUCACCAUCUGCAAAGCGUUGCUCGCUCAGUCGAUCCCUCUUCUGUAAAGCAAAAGGUUAUUAAAGAAGCAGAAGCUAUUCUCGAUAGAGAUUUGAGGGAUAACCAUGCCAUCGGUGCCGCCGGCCGUCAAUUUCUUCUAAAUCACUACAAGGGAACUAAGUCCAAGUUUACCAUCCUUACUCAUUGUAAUACUGGCUCAUUGGCUACGUCUGGCUAUGGUACUGCCCUAGGUGUCAUCCGGGCUUUACACGAAAAUGGUAAUUUGGAGCAUGCAUUUUGUACUGAAACCCGUCCUUACAACCAGGGUUCUCGUCUUACAGCUUUUGAACUUGUUCACGAUCGUAUUCCAGCUACGUUAGUGACAGACUCCACUGCCGCUUCUAUCAUGAGCAAGAUUGAUGCUAUUGUUGUGGGUGCUGAUCGCGUUACUAAAAACGGUGAUACAGCCAACAAAAUUGGUACCUUAAACUUGGCAAUCUUGGCUAAUUAUUUCAAUGUUCCUUUUAUCGUUGCUGCCCCCUUCUCUUCUAUAGACUUGAACCUUGAAUCGGGUUCUCAGAUUACCAUAGAGCAGCGCCCUUCUACUGAAAUGAUAACUGUUCGUGGUCCUGUCGUCAAAAACGCUGAUGCGACAGAGUUUGGACAGGAAGAACGAAUCCAUAUUGCAGCUCCUGGGAUCAAUACUUACUGUCCUGCAUUUGACGUUACCUCAGCUAAUUUAAUCGCAGCCGUUGCUACUGAAAAGGGUUACUAUACUCCUACAGAGGAUGGUUUUUCUUUUGAAGUUUCUGAUGAAUCAGUAUAAAUAUAAACAUUAAAGGAAAGCUAUCUGUGACCCUUUUUUUUUCUGUUUUCGGGUGUAUUCUUUUGAACACGUCUUUUUUGGAAUUUUCAACGUCGGUAUUCAAAUGUUAGCUUGUAAUUUCAACCAUCUUUUUACUUUGCUUUCUUUCGGCUUCAGUAUUUUGGGAGAAGUUUUAGUAGGCUCUUUUUUGAUUUUACUUAUUAUAAGUUUGUAUGAUUACCACCAAAGAUAUAUAACAUAACGACUAUGUUUUACAGCUUCUUUAGUUUUAUUGAAUCCCGUUGAUCCAUUUUGUUUUUUAUUUUUUUUAGGCUACUUGUAACAAUUAUAUUUUCU